AUGACUCUUCCACUCUACGAACCUAUGUUCAGUCGAAGUCAGCAUGGCGAACUCAAGGUACCGAAAACUCCAAAAGGUCGUAUUCCAGCUGCUUACAAAAUAUCUAGAUUUGAAUACGUCAAAAAUUUCGAGCAGCCAGAUGUGCUGCUCCCCAACACCUGGAUUGUGGUUCGCAUUGAUGGACGAGGAUUCCACAAACUUUCCGAUCACUAUGGCUUCGUGAAGCCCAAUGACCGUCGUGCAUUGGAUCUGAUGAACGCCGCCGCAGUCGAAGUUAUGAAAGAGCUUCCAGACUUGUGCAUUGCAUACGGCGUCAGUGACGAGUUCAGUUUCGUAUUCCAUCCCAAUUGCCAGCUGUUUGAGCGUCGUAAUGGCAAAUUGGUAACUACCAUCGUCUCUACUUUUACGGCAUACUAUAUCUACAAGUGGAGCGAGUUCUUCCCAGAUACGCCACUCAAGCCACCCUAUUUGCCGUCUUUCGAUGGUCGUGCGGUUAUCUACCCAAAUGCUCAUAUUUUGCGCGAUUAUAUGAGCUGGAGGCAGGUGGAUUGUCAUAUCAAUAAUCUUUACAACACCACUUUCUGGCACAUGGUACUGAAAGGUGGCAUGGGCAAUACAGAGGCCGAGCUGGAGUUGAAGGGCACCGUGGCUGCGGACAAGAACGAGAUUCUCUUCAAGCGCUUUGGAGUGAAUUACAAUAACGAGCUAGAAAUCUACAAGAAGGGCACUGUUCUCUAUCGUCAGUAUGAACUGGAAGAGCCCCAGGCUACACAAGUCUCGGAAGAGCAGCCAGAGGAAAAGCAGUCACGAUCACAGCAGGAUAAGGUCCGCAAACUGCGCCGGAAGGCACAGGUCGCGGUCGACCAUGUCGACAUCAUCAAAGAUGAUUUCUGGGACAGGCGGCCUUGGAUCCUGUCUGGCAAGCCGGGCAAGUUACCAGUCAGUGAGAAAUAG